AUAUGUGUGUCAAAUGAUAAGAUACCAAGUUGUAUUUUCACCAUGUAUCUCAAAACACUAUUGGCUACUCUCUUUUUGGUUUAUGCUGUUGUGGCAGAACUGAAAUGUUACAAAUGCGACAGCUCAAACGGCCACCCUAACUGCCAAAGUGGGUCGGGACUCGAUCAUGUUACAUGUGAAGAACCACCUGCGGAUGCUGGGAUCACGUGCCUCGCAUAUUCGGAAAAUCUGAAUGGAGUGACGAAAUAUGUAAGAGAUUGUGCCAUAGAGGGGAGCACUUUCGAUUACCAGACCAUUCCAGUUUGCUCUUUUAUGAGAGAGAAAGGUAGAGACAUUCCCACGUGUUCAACUUGUCUAAAAAAUCAUUGUAAUGGAAGCCCUCUAUAAAGGCCAGUUGUAGCAAUUUGAAGAAAUGUAAUUUAAAUAAACAAUUUUUAUC